GAUGCUUUAUUAAUAAGCACUGUUGAUAUUGACCACUUGAUGAUAUGCCUUGAACAUUGUACUACAAAAAUUAGCUGCAAUGUUGGACCAAGCUCAGUUGUAGCUCAAUCGCUGUACGAUGCAGAAUCGAUUCCUUUUGGCUUUAGUUUUCUCGGUAGUUGCGGUUGGAGUUUCGCAGUCCGUCGCACUUAAUAUUAGGACACCCGAUAUUGACUUUUACAAACUGUACAAUAAUCCUGAGGCGCAUAUAAGUCUUAAAGGAAGACGCACAACUAGCGAACGAAUAGCUGCUCAUGGUUAUCCGGCGGAACAUCAUCAUAUCGUUACUGAGGAUGGAUAUAUCGUUGGAGUCUUUCGCAUACCCUACUCCCAUAAGUUACAGAAUCAAAAUGAAUAUCGCCCGAUUGUCCUUAUUCAGCAUGGUUUGUUGAGUUGCUCGGAUGGGUGGAUACUAACUGGCCCAGACGAUGCUCUAGCUUUUAUGCUAGCGGAUGCCGGGUACGAUGUUUGGCUUGGAAAUGCUCGCGGCAACACUUACUCUAGGAAUCACACGAGUCUGUCCACAGAACAUCCGUAUUUCUGGCGAUUCAGUUGGCACGAAAUUGGUCACUAUGAUAUAGCAGCCAUGAUAGAUUACGCCCUCAAAACAAAUGGACAAGGUCAGAAGGCAAUCCAUUACGUGGGUCACUCACAGGGAACUACAGUAUUUUUCACGUUGAUGUCCACACGUCCCGAAUACAAUGAGAAGAUCAAAACUGCUCACAUGUUCGCUUCUAUUGCAAUUAUGACCAACUUGGAAAGCCCGUUUGUGCGCGCUGUGGCUCCUUAUCUGGGUCAACGAAAUGCAUAUUCAUUAUUGUUUUCCUGUCAAGAAUUUAUACCUCACAAUGAAUUUUUGUUGACCUUACUUUUUAAUUUUUGUGAGCCGGAUCAGAUGUUGCGACCAACUUGUGACAGAUUAAUAGGAGAUGAGGGUGGCAGAACGAAUGUGACUGUCACGCCUGAGCAAUUAGCAACACAUCCUGCUGGUUGUUCAACAAAUCAGAUGAUACAUUACCUACAGGAACAACAGUCCGGCCAUUUUCGACAAUAUGAUCAUGGGACACAAAAAAACCUAGAAGUCUACGGUUCAGAAACACCACCCGAUUAUCCAGUUGAAGAAAUAACUUCUAAAGUUUACUUAUGGUAUGGACUUAAUGAUGAGCUUGCUGCAGUAGAAGACGUUCUCGCUUUGGCAGAUCGACUUCCCAAUAAAGACGUGCGGCUUAUGGAGGAUCCUUUAUGGGACCACGGUGAUUUCGCAAAUAACUGGAAGGUUCGCGAGUAUUUAAAUGAACCCGUUAUAAAGAUAAUGCAAGAGUUUGAGGAUGCCUAUAAUUAAAUACGACUUGAAUAAGAACCUUAUAGAGUAUUAUUUAAUAAUAAUGUACAUAUUUCUUAAGAUAUUUUUAGGU